UGACGGAGCGGGUAGUAGCUGCAAGCUAGCGGGUAGUCUUCAUCAACACGAAGUCGGAGAGGAGUCCUAAUACUGGUAAAACUAAUUACUCAACAAAUUCUAACGCUCUUCAGUGCUUCAUGUGCUUUACCUUCCGAUCUGAGCAAAUCCCAGCAAAGAUAACACCCGUCUUAGCUGUACACUCUCCUUCCUACAAACCCAACCCACUACUCUUCUCAACCCAGAUCUUCAAACCCCCCACCCCACCAAUCAAACUCGUACAAUCCCCCUGAAUUUGUGAAAAUUUUCAACUUUUUCCUAAUUUAAGUUAAGAUCCACUUAAAUACCCAGGUACCCACCAGAAAAAGUUCAAAUUUGGCUUUGGAGUUGUUGCUGUGGAAUUGAUUUUAGAAAUGAGAUUGUGAUAAGGGCUAGGGUUUUUGGUUGUUUGGACGAAAUGGCAGCAGAAGGGGUGUCUGCUGCUGCUGAUGCGGCUUCGCGCAGCUGGACAGACUCGUACAAGGGCAUGUCCUCUGAUAAUAUUAAAGGGCUAGUUCUUGCAUUGUCUUCCAGUCUCUUUAUUGGAGCUAGCUUCAUCGUUAAGAAAAAGGGUUUAAAGAAAGCGGGGGCUUCCGGCAUCAGGGCGGGAGUUGGAGGAUAUUCGUACCUAUAUGAACCACUUUGGUGGGUGGGCAUGAUAACAAUGAUUGUAGGAGAGAUUGCUAAUUUUGCAGCUUAUGCAUUUGCACCUGCUAUUUUAGUGACUCCCCUUGGUGCACUUAGUAUUAUUAUCAGUGCUGUGCUUGCGCACAUAAUUUUACGAGAGAAGCUACAUACUUUUGGAAUUCUUGGUUGUGCCUUGUGCGUUGUGGGUUCCACAACAAUUGUACUCCAUGCUCCUCAGGAACGUGCAAUUGAAUCUGUUGCAGAAGUAUGGCAGCUAGCUACUGAACCAGCCUUUCUCUUCUAUGCAGCUGUGGUUAUAAUAGCUGUCCUGAUCCUUAUAUUUCAUUAUAUCCCUGAAUAUGGACAGACUCACAUACUGUUUUAUAUCGGAGUGUGUUCGCUAGUUGGAUCUUUAUCGGUCAUGAGUGUCAAAGCACUCGGAAUUGCUCUGAAGCUAACGCUAUCAGGAAUGAAUCAACUUGUAUAUCCACAGACGUGGUUCUUUACUUUGGUGGUGAUGGUUUGUGUCAUUACCCAAAUGAACUAUUUGAAUAAGGCACUUGACACAUUCAACACGGCUGUUGUUUCGCCUAUCUAUUACGUUAUGUUUACAUCCUUUACUAUAUUGGCUAGCGUGAUCAUGUUCAAGGAUUGGGAUAGGCAGAAUCCAACGCAAAUAGUGACAGAGAUGUGUGGAUUUGUUACAAUUCUUUCUGGGACCUUUCUUCUUCAUAAAACAAAAGACAUGGCGGACAGUUCUACACCUACAUCGUUGCGGCUUUCCAAGCACACUGAUGAGGAGGAUGGUUUUGGCCAAGAAGGCAUCCCUCUGAGGCGGCAGGAUUCACUCAGAACAUAAUUAUUUUUUGGGAUUUUUCCUUUUAUAAUUUUCAGCCGUCAUUCUUCAGAGUCCUGCUUCUUCGGAGAAGAGACCACACCAAUGUGAAAUUGUAUUUUGGCAGAGCCUCCAAAUGUGAUCUUUUGUACACAAUCGGAAGGAAAGGAAGAGUUUUUGCCCCCCCACCUGUUGUAUCUCUCCCUCUCCUUCACUCAUACUUUACUGUUGUUGGCUCUUUUUUUCUUUUUUCCACAAAACAACACCAAAAAGAAAAGGGAAGAUAGAUAGAAAAAAAAGAAGGCCGACUAGAUAGUUGCCUCUUAAAAUUGUGGCACUCACUUGGAAGACUGGAUGGUAAUGUAAUCUUUGAGUAGAUUGUCCAUACAAAUCAAAAUGGUUCCUC